AUGUGCCUGUACCCCAUCAUUGUCAACCAGGACUGUGGGCAUGAGGAGACAGCCCAGGUCAUUGCCUCCUAUAGCAGCGCCAUCACGCACAUCUGGCAACCUGACCUGAGCAACGUUGCUGUGCUGCCCGACCACCACAAAUUCCAGAGCUAUUAUAAAAUUACGCAGCAUUACCACUGGACUCUGGGCCAAAUCUUCCACAGGUUCAAAUUCUCAGCAGCUGUGGUCAUCGAAGAUAAUCUGGAGGUAGCACCAGAUUUCUUUGAGUACUUUCAGACCACCUACCCAAUGCUGAGAACUAACCCCUCACUCUGGUAUGUAUCUACCUAGAAUAACAAUAGCAAAGAACAGAUGGUGGACUCUAACAAACCUGAACUUCUCUACUGCACGGACUUUUUCCCUGGCCUGGGCUGGCUACUCUUAGCUAAGCUCUGGGCUGAAUUAGAGCCCAAGUGGCCCAAGGCCUUCUGGGAUGAUUGGAUAUGCAAGCCAGAGCAACGACAGGGACGGGCCUGUGUGCAGCCUGAAAUCUCAAGAACGAUAACCUUUGGCCGCAAGGGUGUCAGCCAUGAGCAGUUCUUUGACCAACACCUCAAGUUCAUCAAGUUAAACCAGCACUUUGUGCACUUCACCCAGCUGGACCUGCCCUACCUAGGCGGGGAAAGCCAGGAGCUAGAGAUAAAAGGAAGAGCUAGCUGGUCUGAAGUACAAUGA